AUGAGUAAUAACACCAAAGUCGUCGACGGUGUAGUUGUCACCAAUACUGACGUUGCACCCCCACGAGACUGGACCAAUGUGUAUGAUGAAAUUGGCGGCGACAUGCGUUGGAACGACGAUUUGGAUGACAUGGUUAGAGACCGAGGAAUAGAUGGCAAUGUCAAGCCUCUCUAUGGCACGUGCUCCUACAUGGGCGAGGCCCUCUACUUGAUGGAGGUGGGCGAUCAAAGCUUCGUCUUAUGGAAUGCACUUGAUGACUCGAUAUACCGUGUGAAUGGGAAUAUUAGUCUUGAAAAUAUUGUGGCAAGUCUUGAUGAGGGGGGUCUGAGUGGACUUGAUCUUGAAGAAUUAUGA